AAAUUGUACAGACAAUGUGAUUUAUUAUGUCUAAUAAAGAAAUCUAGUAUCAAUCUAUUUUAAUGCAAGAAAAUGAGUACAUGUGUGGGGCUAAAUAUUGUAUUCCCCUUUCUCCAAUUUCUUUCCUUGUCAAUUAUUAAUUACACUUGUCUGAAGUCAUACCACCACAAGUAUAUAUUUGUCAGCACAAGUAUAUAUAUAUAUAUAUAUGCAAUUGAUAAAUGUAUAUAUACGUGUUAUGGUAGAUGAAGUGUAUCUUUGUUCCUUUAUAACCAACCUUUGUCUCCCUUUAAUUAAAUUCUCUAAAUUAAAUACAAUACUUUUUUUUUUCAUCUUCAAUGGAAACUAGUAGUAGUGCAUCCCUGCAGUUAUCUCCCUCCAAUGAGAGUUUCUCAUACAGUUGGUUAGCUAAUUUAGAUACGACGUCGUUUGAAGACAACUCACUAAUGGCAUCCUCCAUUGACGCAUAUUACGAUCAAGACGAAGCUAAUUAUUCCUUCAUCGAGAUGGAUCCGAGGUUGCCGCCUUCGAAGAGAUUUUUCCGAGUUUCGUCCGAUUUCGGUUUCGAUUUCGAUUUUCCGGUUUCCGAUUCUCCGUUAGGCCUCGUGCACGCCGACGAGCUCAUCUCCAACGGUUUCAUUGUUCCUCUUUUCGUGAAAGACGUGAAAAGGGAAUCAAUCUCCGAUGAAGUCCAAUUAGAUUCUGACACGUGGAAUGCUUCCACCUCGUCGUCGUCGGCCGAUCGGAAAACGGUGGCGGCGGGUACGUUUUCGUCGUGUAGGGUUCGAUGUGCGUCGCUGAUGAGGUGUCGGAGAUUUUCGAAGAGAUUUUUUCAAAAGUAUUUGAAGUUUCUGCUGCGGCCACUCUUUUGGAAACGGCGGCGAGGGCAUAAUGGUCAAUUUGAUAAGAGCGGGAAGACGAACUGGGAAUUAUCUGCUGCGACGACGAUAUCGCCUAGGACUAGUUUGGCUUACUCUGCUGAUGACAACUGGCGAACAUCGUGUGAUUCUGAGAGCUCCAUCUAUGAAGCAGUUCUCCAUUGCAAAAGAACUCAGGGUAAUUAAAUCCCAUAAUUCUUUUUUUAAUUUCCUGAUUUUUUUAAUUUUUAAUAUUGUAUUUCAAUGUUGUGGUAAUUUUACGACUAAACAGUUCACUUUUUUUUUUUUUUUGAUUUU